AUUAACACGAUAUAUUACCCUUUUUUAUUUCUCCAGAUUUUAAGAACAAAAUCAUCUCCUCAUCUGCCAGCUGCGGACCUCACCCCCAAACAAGCCAAGAAACCAAAAAAAAAAAAUGAGAAGGGACGUUGCCUACCCCCUUCUCCCCCUCCUCCUCUUGUUUCUCGCUCUAAUUCUCCCAUCAUCCCACGCCCAAUCGAGCUCCCGCUCGGGGACGGACGGCUACAAUUGCGCAGCCGAGCGGUCCGUGUACCCAUGCCGCGGCUUCAACUGCAUAGCCGGCCGGUCGGUGUCGCCGUGCAACGCCUACGCCCUGUAUCGCGCCAGCAGCGGGGACGACCUGGCCUCGGUCAGCGACCUCUUCGGCGUGAGCAGCUUAUCGAUCGCCCGGGCCAGCAACAUCACCAACAACUCCACCGCCGCCCUCCGCUCCGGCCAGCCCCUUCUCGUUCCCCCUCACCUGCUCCUGCGUCGACAACCACUCCUACGCCCUCAUCGACUACCAGAUCAACGCCGGCGACACCUUUUACAUCAUCUCCACCACCAAGUUCCAGAACCUCACUGGCUACCAGGCCGUUGAACUCGUCAAUCCUGAACUCGUCCCCACCAACCUCACCAUCGGCGUCAUCACCGUCUUCCCCAUCUUCUGCCAGUGCCCCAAUCGCACCAAUCUCCUCAUCAACGACAAAAACAGCACCAACGUCAGCAUCGUCUCCUACGUCUUCCAGCCCUCCGAUAGCUACGCCACCAUCGCCUCAAAUUUCGGGACCACGGUCCGGUCUCUGAUCUCGCUCAACGGCGCGGAGACCGCCGUCGAGACUUUCUCUGUGAUUCUAAUUCCCGUUACCCAGUUCCCUCCCCCGCUGCUGCUGUCGAACUCGUCCUCGCGUUCGCCUUCGCCUUCGCCCCCUCCACCGCCAGCAUCCUCCACUGUCGUUGAGAAGAAGGAUAGGAAGGGAGUCAUCGCCGGGUUAGCAGUCGGUAUGGGACUAUUGGCAAUCUUGCUCGCGUUGGUCUUGGUGCUGUAUUUAGGGGAAAGAAAGAAGAAGGGGAGGGAAGGGAAAAAGGGGCCUGGUGGGUGGAAUAAUCAGGGAGGUGGGGAGAGGAGGUUUGGGAGGAGUGGGUCGGAUGAGAAGCUGAUGACGGACAUCUCGGAGUGGCUGGAUAAGUACAAAGUGUACGGUAUCGAGGAGCUGCGGCAGGCUACGUCUGAUUUCGAUUAUAGCCGUCUAAUCCAGGGAACGGUGUACAAGGGGACGAUUGAUGGGGAGGUAUUCGCCAUCAAGAAGAUGAAGUGGAACGCCUGCGAUGAGCUCAAGAUCUUGCAGAAGGUGAACCACACCAACCUGGUGAAGCUGGAAGGCUUCUGCGUGGACCAGGAGGAUGGCACCUGCUACCUGGUGUACGAGUACGUGGAGAACGGCUCCCUCCACUCGUGGCUCCACGACACCACCACCAGCCGCCGGCUGGACUGGCGCUCCCGCCUCCGCAUCGCCCUCGACCUCGCCCACGGCCUCCAGUACAUCCACGAGCACACCUGGCCCCGCGUCGUCCACAAAGACAUCAAGAGCAGCAACGUGUUACUGGACUCCAAGCUCCGCGCCAAAAUCGCCAACUUCGGCCUCGCCAAGACCGGCGUCAACGCCGUCACCACCCACAUCGUCGGCACCCAGGGCUACAUCGCCCCCGAGUACCUCGCCGACGGUCUGGUCACCACCAGGAUGGACGUGUUCGCCUACGGGGUGGUGCUGCUGGAGCUGAUCUCAGGGAAGGAGGCGAUGAGCGAGGAUGGGGAGGCGCUGUGGGUGGAGGCGGAGGUGGUGCUCCACAGUAGGGAGGCGAAUCUGGUGGCGUGGAUAGAUCCGGUGUUGAGGGAGCAAUCGUGCCCCGUCGACAGCGUCGUGACCGUGCUGAACGUGGCCAAGGCGUGCCUGCAGCGGGAUCCGUCUAAGCGGCCGACCAUGGUGGACGUGGCGUAUACUCUAUCCAAGGCGGACGAGCAGUUAUCAGAUUACUCCGGGGAUGGGCUCUCGGUUGGGAGCGAAGAUGUCACGGUCGUGGCGAGGUGAAGCGACCCAUGUAGACUACUGCGGGAGCCUCGCUUCAACAAAAUAAACUGGGUGUCUACUUACAACUGUUAUAAUGGUAAUGCUGAGUCCUGAGGGUAGGCUCCAUAUAUACUUUUAUGUUUAGAAAAAUAAAAAGUGCCCCUGCCAUCCAGCAAUAAUGAUGUCUGAUGUAAUGUCGCAUGCGUAAUCUGUGCUGGUGGCUAGUGUAUAUUUAUGUAAUCUCGUAUGAGAUUUUCCAAGAAUACGAUAAAUAUCUUGUCUUUAUUUAAACUUUGAAGGACGAUCACAUUUUUCCAUCUUAA